AUGUACAAGACGAAGCUGCAGGAGUUGUGCCACCAGAGACGGUGGGGUUUGCCCAAGUACUCCGCCAUGAAAGACGGUCCAGAACACAUGCCAAGCUUUGAGGCCUGUGUCUCCGUCAAUGGCGUCACCUUCAGUUCUCCCCGUGCCUUCAGUUCCUCGAAAGAAGCUCACAACCAAGCCGCCAUGCUUGCUUUUCUCAGCUUAUCUUCUCCUCCACUGGACUCUUCAACACCAACAGCUGAAUAUGAUACAAAAGAGCAAAUUGGAGCAGCAAAACCACAGCACUUUCCAAUUCCAGCACAUUCUUCAGUUGUUAUAGAUGAUAUGGAUCGUCUGUGCAAAAGCCAGCUGCAUAACUAUGCUCGAAGGAACAAUCAUGAUUCACCUAUUUUUACAUGUAAAACUGAGGGCCCGUCUCAUGCCACUCGCUUUAAGGCUAAGGUUGUAGUUGAUGGACAAUCUUUCGAAAGUGCUGCGUUUUUCAACACUAUAAAAGAGGCAGAGCAUGCUGCUGCAAAAGCUGCUUUGAUGUCAUUGUCACUUGAUAUCUUUCAGAAGGCUGAUUCUUGUCCCUUCAAGAAUUUACUGCUGGAAUUAACUCAGAGAGAAGGCUUUUGCAAACCAAUGUAUAAAACUAUGCAGUCUGGUUCUCCUCAUAUUGCAACUUUCUUCUCUAUUGUGGAAGUUGAGGGCAAGGAAUUUCAUGGAAAGGUUGCUAAAUCCAAGAAACAGGCAGAACAUAAUGCAGCAAAGGUUGCAUACAUCGCUUUAAGAGAGUGUGGAUUUAAUAUUGAUGCUGCUCCUUCGGCCUCUCUCAUAGAGAACAAUGCAGUACAAUCAAUUCAUCAAACAGAUGAACUUUCAGAAGUGGACUUAAACAAGAUAUUACCUGGUAACGUCAAAAUCAGCAAUGAGGUGUACAAUCCAUCUUUUCUACAGCCCUCUGAGGAAGACAUGAUGAGCAACAGGAGCACGUCGCCAUUUUCACCAAAAAUUUCAUCUGCAGUUUCACAGCUUGACCUUUCUUGUAAGUCAAAUUCAGGGUCCAACAAGGCAGAGAUUCCCAAACCAAGUAGUUACCUGCUCUGUAACAGGUUCAAGGUGUAUACAUGCUUCCCAGACACUCCAUUCCCUAAGGGAAUCACAGUGCUACCUAUUAGUGACAAUAAGUGGGUUGCUGUGAGCCUGGAAUUCCCAAAUGAUAAAGAUCUUUGA